GCUGCCGUCAGAGUGGUGUGGGCUCUGAGAGACUUAAGGGAGUGUGAGAGAUCUUGUGUUGGGAGUGUGGUGUGGAGGUUCUUACCACCUCCAAGAGAGUGGGAGCCUGUUUGGUGUGUGCUUGUUGUGGUUCUAUAUCCAUGAUGCAGCUGCUAGCCUCUCUCCCCAACGCUACGUCCUACCUGGGAACGUCCCCCGAGGGCGAGGAGCUCCUGCCCCGAGCCGGCUUCAUCACCCUCUCCAUCGUCAUGGCGAUGUUCACCGUACCGGCCAUCGUGUUGAACUCCACGGUGAUCGUGGUGUCACUGAUGAACAAGCAGCUGAGGCAACCUCUGAACUACGCCCUGGUCAACAUGGCCGUAGCUGACCUGGGGACAGCGCUGACUGGUGGGGUUCUGUCUGUGGUCAACAACGCUCUGGGGUACUUCUCCCUGGGACGGACCGGCUGUAUCAUAGAGGGAUUCUCUGUGGCUCUGUUUGGUAUCACGUCACUGUGCACGGUAGCUCUGAUUGCCAUAGAGAGGAUGUUUGUGGUGAGCAAGCCGCUAGGACCAAUCUCGUUCCAGACCAAGCAUGCGGUUGUGGGUGUGACCUUGUCUUGGGUUUGGUCUCUCAUCUGGAACACCCCGCCCCUAUUCGGCUGGGGAAGGUACGAGCUGGAGGGCGUGGGGACGUCGUGCGCCCCGGACUGGCACAACCGGGACCCCAGUAAUGUGUCAUAUAUCCUGUGCUACUUCCUGCUGUGUUUCGCCGUACCCUUCCUCAUCAUCGUGGCCUCUUACUCUAAACUCAUUUACACUUUAAGACAGGUCUCUGCAAUGGGCUGUAUAGAAGGGGGUGCAGCAGCCAAGGCGGAAGCUAAGGUGGCCCGCAUGGUGGUUCUGAUGGUGGUUACUUUCCUGAUCAGCUGGCUGCCCUACGCUACCCUGGCCCUUGUGGUGGUCUCCCACCCUGAUGCCCACAUUAGCCCUCUGCUGGGCACCGUGCCAGUCUACCUGGCCAAGAGCAGCACCGUGUACAACCCUCUCAUCUACCUCUACAUGAACAAACAGUUCCGGAGAUAUGCAGUGCCCUUCCUGCUGUGUGGGAGGGACCCAUGGCCAUCUGAGGAGGAGGGGUCAGAGAUGCAGACCACUGUGGCAACCAUCAACAACAAAGUCUCCCCCAGUUGAUCCAUACAGGCAUUUAGAUAAAUCCACUAAUGGCACCAGCAGCACCAAUAAAGUGUCACUCA